GCAAGUCAUGGUGGGCCAUUCAAUGAGCAAAGGCUGGAGGAUGCAAUACCGGACAACAACUGUGGAGCUCCUAACGAAACGGGACUUUAAUUACAGUCAUUAGGAACUGGAAGACAAGACCCAUAUGAAGAACAAAGCUUUGAGCACAAACUGGACUCUGGCAGAAGAAGUGGAAACCCCAGCCUGGAUCUUUAACACCUUUAAUAAAACUUGUUUGUUGCCCAAUAAGAAGAAGAAGAAGACCCUUCCCCUCGCCGACUAUCCCAAACAGUUUUUCAUGUGUUUUUCUCAGUCCUCAAGCGCACGUGCAGAAGUAGUGAACCGAGCUAGUUGGCCCCGUUUUUGUUUUUGUUUUUUACUUUCACCUUUUGUUCCUUUGUAAAGAAAUGCUUUACCUGAAAAAGUACUUCACAGAGGGCCUGAUUCAGUUCACCAUCCUUCUGAGUCUCAUUGGGGUGCGGGUGGACGUUGACACCUAUCUAAGCAAUCAGCUGCCCCCACUGAGAGAGAUCAUCCUGGGCCCUAGCUCAGCCUACACCCAGACACAGUUUCACAACCUGCGCAACACGCUGGACGGCUAUGGCAUCCAUCCAAAGAGUGUGGACCUGGACCACUUCUUCACCACUCGGCGGCUGCUGAACCAGGUGCGACAGCUGGAUCGCCUCUCCGUGCCCAGUACCGAGCUCAACACCUGGCUAGUGCAUCGUGACUCGGAGACUGUGGUGUCCGCCAGCAGCCAGUCCAGCCCCAGCAUUACCCUGGACAAUGGGGCCGGCCUAGAGGACGUUAACAACCCUGACGCUACCCCGGCCAUGAGGGGAGGAAGUGGAGCAUCUGAAUCCACGUAUAACUUGAACGCAGCGGACGGCAGCCUGGGAGCCGUGGCCCCAGAGGGCAACCAGGAGCAGGAGAGCAGGGAUGGCAACGACGACCUCACCAAAGAGGACAUUGACUUGAUUGACAUCCUAUGGCGACAGGACAUCGACCUCGGCGCGGGAAGAGAAGUGUUCAACUACAGCAACCGUCAGAAGGAGAGCGAGGAGGAGAAGCAGCCCAGCCCAACGGAGAACAAAGACGGGAACGAGGAGCAGCAGCAGGAGAGCUGGAGGAAUGGAGUGAAUUUACAAGGAGCUCAGCCGGUAGACGGAGAGACGGGAGAGAGCAUCCCAGAGCAGCUCCCAGGACUCGGCUCACAGACGUCACUGUCUCUACAGGAAUGCUUGCGGCUGUUGGAGGCCACGUUCCCUUUUGGAGAAGAAUCAGAGUUCCCAGCCCCGGUCGUCACCCCGGAGAUAUCGGUUUCCACUGAAGAAGUUCCUUCUACGUCUCAGGGCCUCACUGUGGCGCCACAGCUGCCCCCAGCAGAGCCACAGCUGGACCUGGAGCAGCAGUGGCAAGACAUUAUGGCCAUCAUGGAGCUACAAGCGAUGGAAGUGAACAACAGCGACUCGAGCAGCGGCAGCGGCAGCGACACAUCUGGCACAACGGAGUCGAACACGUCGGCAAACUUUGAACUUUCUACUCGCUCCACGCCCAUAAACCAGGACGUCAGCCUCCACCAGGCCUCGCUCCCCAGCUGCAGCCAAGACUUCCCCCAGAUCUUCAACACCCAGAUAGACUCUUCCAGCGUCGCCCCGAGAACCACCAUGCUCAGAGUGUCGUCCGGCAACUCGUCCAACAUCAACUCCACGUUCGGAGCCACCAACCUGACGGGGAUCUUCCUCCCGCCGCACAUCAACAGCACCAGUAACAACGUCACGUCCACGCCCAUCCUUCCAGAUCCAUUCAGCACCCUGUUGGAGGAGUCCAUGCUGGACGAGAUCAGCCUGCUGGACCUCGCCAUGGAGGAGGGCUUCAGCCAGGCGCAGGCUUCCCAGCUGGAGGACGAGCUCGACUCAGAUUCCGGUCUUUCUCUGGAUUCCAGCCACAGCCCGGCUUCGCCGAGCAGCUCCGAGACGUCCUGCUCCUCUGCAGCUUCUUCCUCUUCGACCUCAGCCACCUUCUCAGAGGAGGGAGCGGUGGGCUACAGCACCGACUCUGAGGUUGCCACGGUGGAGCCGGAGGAAGGCGCUGUCGGCGGUUACCAGCCCGGCUACAGCAAGCUCUGUCGGAUGAGCUAUCAGGACCCCUCCCAGUUCCACAGCCUCCCUCAGCUCGACAGCAUCAGCCACAAUCACACCUACAACCUGCCGCUGUCCUCCGCCUUCGCCGAGCACCCCGAGCUCCCCAUCCCCACCGGCAAGAAGACUGUCCGAGACAAACAGAGCUCGAAGCUUCAGCCUCCUCAGGACUUGCUCGACAAGCACUCGAGCCGCGACGAACGCCGAGCCCGCGCCAUGAAGAUCCCCUUCUCCAACGAAAAGAUCAUCAACCUGCCGGUGGAGGAGUUCAACGAGCUCCUGGCCAAGCACCACCUGAGCGAACCCCAGCUGGCCCUCAUCCGCGACAUCCGCCGGCGCGGCAAGAACAAGAUGGCGGCGCAGAACUGCCGCAAGCGCAAGCUGGACACCAUCAUCAACCUGGAGCAGGGCGUCCAAGACCUGCGGCGCGACAAGGCCCGGCUGCUGAAGGAGAAGAUGGAGUUCAUCCGCUCCAUCCGGCAGAUGAAGCAGAAGAUGCAGAGUCUGUACCAGGAGGUGUUCACUCAGCUCCGGGACGAGGAGGGCCGGCCCUACCCCCCCAGCGAGUACUCGCUCCAGUACAGCGCCGACGGCAGCGUGCUCAUCAUGCCGCGCGGCGUGACGACCGCAGAGCAGAAUCGUAAGCCGGAGAAAAAACAAAAAGACAAAAAGAAGUGA